AUUCGGGCCCCGCCUCCCGCCGCAAGGCCAGCCUGUCCAAGAUGGAGGGUGCCCCACGGGCCUCUCCGGUCCGGCUUGCCCUGCGGUUGCUGGUGCUCGCAGCGUUGCCGGCAGCCGGGGGUCUGACGACGGACGAUCCGGAACCGCCACCCCGAGCCCUGCAGGACAGUUUCAGAGUUAAUGUUACUACCCUGCAAGAUGAUGGAGAGGUAUCUGACAAACAGGUUGUUCUUAACAUAACCUAUGAGAAUGGACAGGUUUAUGUAAAUGACUUCCCUGUAAAUAGUGGUGUAACCCGAAUAAGCUGUCAGACCUGGAUAGUGAAGAAUGAAAAUCUGGAAAAUUUGGAGGAAAAAGGAUAUUUGGGAAUUGUCAGUGUAAGGAUUUUAGUUCUUGGGUGGCCUUCGACACCUGGUUCCAGUUUGCAACUAAUUCUCAUUCAAGAAGAAAUAGUAGAGAUUGAUGGACAACAAGCUCAACAAAAGAAUGUGACUGAAAUUGAUAUUUUAGUUAAGAACCAGGGGUUACUCAAACAUUCAAACUACACCCUUCCUUUGGAAGAAAGCAUGCUGUACUUUAUUUCCCAAGACAGUGACAUUUUAUUUACCCCUCCCAACCUCUCCAAAAAAGUGGGAAGCACCGGCUCAUUGCAGACCACCAGCCAGGAUCUUGUCAGGAAUGUGGAGACCACCAUCGAGGAAGACGCGCUCCCUGGCAAGUUACCUGAAACGCCUCUCAGAGCAGAGCCUCCCUCCUCGUACAAGGUCAUGUGUCAGUGGAUGGAAAAGUUCAGAAAACAUCUGUGCAGGUUCUGGAGCAGUGUUUUCUCAGUAUUCUUUAUGUUUCUGAAUGUAAUGGUGACUGGAAUUAUAGGAGCAGCUGUGAUAAUAAACAUCUUAAAGAUGCUUUUCCCAGUAUGUGAAUACAAAGGGAUCCUGCAGUUGGACAGAGUGAAUUUUGUCCCUGUGACAGCCGUCAACUUAUGUGCAGAUGGCCCUGAGAAAACAACAAUGGAAAACCUUGAAGAUAAAACAUGUAUUUAAGACAUUAUCUAUCUCAAAUCGUGGACUCUGAACUAGUAUGUUGGCUUGAUAAUUUGCCACUUGAGUAUAAUUUUCUUUAAAUCAUUAAGAACCAGUUUAUAUACUACAGAAAGUGCUGAACUCCUGAUACUGCCUAAAACUUGACCUUUAAAAUGACAUGUUACAGAUCACCCUAUUCUAUAGCAGAGCUGGAUGCUCAUAUGAUGAAUUGUUAAGGAAAAUUUAAACAAAGUGGAAGAGAAGACAUGUGAAAAGACUUUGGAAUUACCAAAAAAAAAAAAAAAAAAAAAAAAAAA